AUGCAACCGACUCCUUCCUGCUUUUUUCUGACUCAAGUACGAAUUACAGCGAGCGCGGCGACGGAAGGAGGCGACGCGGCGCCGACGACGUCAGCGGCCUACGGCGCCGGUAAACCGACUUUCUUCUUUCCUUUUUCCUUUUCUUCUGAAUCCCUUCUUCUGCUUCUCAACUUCUGCAUCUGCCUCCUUGCAUGCAAAUCCCCCGAUCCCUCAAAAAAGAAUUAAUUUUUUAAGUGUGCAAAUUAGGAUCUACUUUUUGGUUGAAUGGUGGUUGGAUGGGACCGAUUGGGAGAAAAUCGCGUCAAGUUUCGUCUUUUCUGGUAUCUUGAAUUUUUCUAGGCUGUCGGGGCUUACCUGGUCUAGACUGUGGAUUUAUAAAAAAAUGUUUUUUAAUUUUUUUGGAUGAGCUCGUCUUUUUUUGGCGUACUGUAGGUUGAAAUUGUGCAUACACCAAAAACACGGUUUUACUGACACGUGAGGAAUUUUUUUUUCUUUUUGUUUAUACAAUGGAUUGGCUCUAGAAAACAAGAUUUAUUUUUUUUAGAUCAGAUCUAUUUGUUUGGCAUACUGUAGGUUGAAAUUGUGCAUUCACCGAGAAACGGUUUUAUACGGGCUUUUCUUGAUUAUACUGUGAAUAAGCUGCAGAAAACACAAUUUUUAAUAAUUUGUCGUACUGUAGGUGGAAGUUCUGCAUACACCGAGCGCGGUUUUUGCAGAAUAUACAGAAGCCAUGCCACAAAAAAAAUUACGAAAAAAUCAGAAAUAGUCGAAUUUCGAUCAAUUUGAUCCCAAUCGGAAACUUUUUACCACUGAUUUUAAGUUCAUUUUUUUUUUUCCAGAUGAAGAAAUUGAGGUUGAUUUGAUUUGACAGGAGGUUACGGUAGACUUCGGGAAUUCACCGACGAAGAAAGCAACAUGUGUUUGUUGUUCAACCGCGUCGUCGACAUGGAAAAUCCGGAAAGGCAUACCGUGUACCUGAUCGUCUCGUUGUUCGUCACCUUCUUGAGGUAGGUGGAGACGAAACGUGCGCCAGUCCUUCUUAAAAUCUUAGGGGCAGUAAAAACGGGGUUUCAGGCAAAAGCAGUAUCUUGUACAGUUUUUCUAUGCGAAAAAUUACAGAUGUCCCAUAUUUUGAAGAAAAACGCGAUUUUACUUUCCCGCCAUUAAUUUUGAAAAAAGCUUUGGAUCGGCAUACGGACAAUUGAUUACAGUAGCUGUGCACGCGAUUUUGCGGACCUCUCAUUAGACUCGCAUUUUGUGAGAAAUAACCGGUUAUCUGCUUCAAAUCAAGGGUUUCUUCUCUGAAAAAAACAUUUAGUCAAACAAAAAACCCACACCGAUAAUAAAGAAAACACAAAAUAUCGCAAUCCCAAUUGAAACCUGUGUAAAGUCAUCAUUUUUUCCCCAAAGAAGCAUUUUUGCGAUCAAAGUUUGCAAAUUAUACAUGAAUAGAAAGCUUUCGUGACGAAAAGAACUUUGGUGACAACAGAAAAAAUUGAAAAUUGAAAGAAACAAAGAAAAAAGCGAAAAUCCGGAAGAUGGCGAAGCCUGUUGUCCAUAGAGCAACUUUACUGCAAAGCGCCCUUUUCGCGGGAACUCAAGCUUUCCUCUCUCCGACUUUGAAUUAUUUUUUCUUCAAAAGUAGGAACUUCUGUACGUUGCCAAGUUCACCGUUCGAUUGAAAAAACUUUACAAAGUACUGCUUUAAACUGAAACACCGUUUUUUACUGCCCCUAUGCCUUUAAAGGGAACGUCAUUUCGAAGUCUCAAAGGGAACGUCAUUUCGAAGUCUCAACCUGCGAAACUCUCCAGUUUUCGAGAAUCGACACCUCAAAGCCAGAACACUCCUUGACGUACUAGAUAGGGACCGCAGACGAAUUUUCAAAAAAAUUUUUUCAGCAUUGAGCUUUGUAUGGUUUGAUAGCUGUUUCGAUUCAAAACUCAAAACCGUUUAGUUUUUCAAAAAAAAUUGAGGAUGAAAAAAGUUAUGACAAAAAAUGUGGCGCGCCGCGCACCAUUUUUUUAGUACUGAAAUUUUGGUAUUAUCCAUUUUUGACAUUUUUCUUCUAGAACAAGUUUUGAUACUGGUCUAUUAUGAUGUAACAAAUCAUAAUAGAGUGCUAAAAUGAUGCUAAUCAGCUAGUUUGCCGAAAAAGUCGGUAUUUUCCAGAAAAAAAAAAUACUGACGCUUGCGGGCAUCGAACUCGCGCCCUCAAAAUGAAAAAUCGCAGCGCACGCGCUGCGCCAAGCUGUUAGGUUUAGCAAGAGAAGCUUCCAUCCGAUGUGUAGAUGUGUAUUCUGAAAGUUUCGAACUGAAAAACCCCCUAGUUUUCAAAAAAGGAUACCUCAAAGUCGAAGAAAACCCUCAAAACCCGUUGAAAAAGGCCAUUUUGGGGCUUUGCGCUCUGAUUUUUCGGAAGCUAGAUAUUUGGGCAUUUUGAGACUUUCGAGAUUUAUUUUUUUUGGUUCACAAGAUUUUCCCCUGAAUGUGUAUGUACCCAAUGAAGAUUCUGAAAAGGGUCACCGGAAAAAAAACGUCUUUAUUUUCUGAAAAAUGGUUCAAAAUUACCUAUACCGUUUUGAUGGACCUUCGAUCUAUCGUUAUCUGAUAUCUGGGAAGCUUUGCAGACUUUCAGGAUCUUCAGGUUGUACUCCAACGAGUAUUCUUGAAACUUCUGCGUUUUUGAUAAAGUUUAACAAAUCAAAAAAAAACUGGAAAAAUUUUUAAAUUCUCCAGAUUGUUAUAUGUUUCAAAAAAAUGUAUUAAAAACAAAAAGAAACCUCAUUAAUUGACUCGAAGACGUUUUUGAAAUCAAUUCUUAUUUUUUUCCCAAUUUUUUUGGUGCUUUCAAAUUUGAAAUAAUAUAAAUUUCACAUUUUUUAAAAACCUGUAGUUGAUAGGGUUUCUUUUGGUUUGAAAAUUGAUUUUCAUUUUUUUUUUUCACUUGCAGAAAAUGAGUCAGCCUUUUCAAUUAGUUGUUGACGAUGGUUAAAUUUUCUUAAAAACGGCAGAGUGGUCACUAAAGUGGCUCUUUUUAGAGGCUCUAGUAGGUUGUCCUCAAGGAACCUCCUCGGGGGUAUCAAAGCUGGCAAAAGUGACCAUUCUAGGGAGCAUGAUAGAAGUCUCUAUACGUCUUUUCAACUUUUGAAUGGGAAAAAAAAUUUAAAGACCACUAAAGGGGUCACUUGAGCUUCAGGGGUCUCUAAAUUUCUAUAGGGACAAUCUAAAUUCUAGCCCUUUAGGGAGUACUAUUCCGCCUACUGUAGGGGCUGUUUUUUCUUCUAACCACUAUAGUGACCACUCUAGCGUUCCAAAGUGAUGUCGGCUCAAAAAAAUUUGUAACAGGAAAAUUGAUGAAUUUGUGUCUCUGAUGAAAUCAAGUAAUUUUCAAAAUAUAACAUUUAAAAAAAUCUUCCAGCAACAAGAACUCGACGCCGACCGACGAGAAGGCGAACGCCAAGAAACAAUCUUUGUUAUUCCGACAUUUCAACACCCUAUUAGGCUACAGUAACACGGAAAAAUGCUUCACGAUCCCUCCGGCACGGCUCAGGUUCACAGAAAACACCAAAAACCUCAAAAUAAGUUCAUUUUCCAGAAAAUCCGCCGUUUGCAACGCCUUCCUGAGCGGUCUGCCGGAGAUCCUCGACAUGAACCUCGUGAUCGGAAACCAGCUUCUGCCCACCGUCGUCCAGCUCCUGAUCCAUCUCCCCUCGCCCCAAACCCUCGCCUCGGACCAAAAUGUCACGAACUACUCCCUGGCUCUCCUCACCCAACACUCUCGCCACAUCUGGCUGCAGUCCUUCAUCUUGAUCCUCUACAAAUAUCGAUUCGAUCAGGUCCCGAUCAGCGACGGCGUCCUUCGUCUCGUCAACAUCGUCGUCAAAACUUUGCAGAGUCAGUUGGGAUUUGAUUUAAGUGAAGUCAAAACUUGCUUUCGCCUUCCUAACAAGAAAGGUCAUUUUACCUUGAGUUUGAGAUUUUCCUAAAAAUCGGCCAGGACACUCCUUGACGUGCCAGAAGAAGAUCCUGAAAGUCUCAACCUGCACAACUUCCUAGUUUUCAAAAAAGAACUCUUCAAAGUCGAAGAAAACCCUUGAAACUCGUUAAAAUCGGCUAUUUUGGGACUUUGAGCUCUUAUUUUUCAAAAACUAAUAAUUUUUGCUGGUUGAGCCUUUCAGAAUCUUCAUCUGGUACAUCUAGUAGUGUUUUGGUCAAGUUUCAGAAAGCCUAAAAGUAAAAUUACCUUACUUGUAAACUUGAAAAAGCUCGUAAGAAGCUUGAAAACAUUAUUUGUGGAUUUUGAAGCUUCCUUAGAUCGUUUAUGACGUCUCAAAACCUUCAAUGAACCCUUUUUGUUCAAAUUGCGGAUUUUGAAGCUUCAUAACUCGAAAAAAAAGAUAUAUUGCGAUAAAUUUUUUGGCGCGUUUCUUUAGAGAGAUUGGAGAUGUUCAGACCAAGUGCACGAAUGCUCCGAAGGAGAGCAACAGUCGACGGAGAUCAGCACCUGGGAAGAUCUGCCAGAAGAUGAGGAAGUCCGGCCGGGAUUGGUCCGUCCGGAGAGCUUGACCGUCACUACGAUUCAGGUUGGGGAAGCGUAAAAAUCCAAGGAUUCAAGGAGGAUUGUUCUGAAUUGUCCAUUAAAACUCUUGUUAGCCGACUUUUAAGCUUGUCUGUGAACUCUAAUCAAGUUUGAAAGUGAAGAAAAGUCGAAAAAUCAAGAUUGAGAUUGAAAAUUUGCUUAUUCUUGCAAUGUUGAGAAAUAUAGUUAUUUGGUUGGAUUUUCAUUAAAAUUUCAAUCUUUCAUUUUUGCGAUAUUGAAGUUAUGUAGUGAUGUAUAAAAACUUUAGCGCCCACUUAAGAGGUUCCUAAAAGAUUGAUUAGAGAAGACCCUAAAGUGACCACUAGAACCACCUUUAUAGAAGCCACUAUUUUGCGUCUUAGUGGCCACAAAAAUGAUCCUCUUUUAAGUCGAUGUCAAGGACCAUUUUUCGCGAGUUAACUCUGAUAUUUUCGAAAUACAGUUGAUUGAAACAGUUCACCUGGGUCACCUCUUAAGUGGCCACUUAGACUUCUUCGAAUUUAUCUGAAGUUUUGUCUUCCAGAAUUUAUACUUUUUUGAAAUUUUCUACACCAAAGUUUUGCCGAGACCUCUUCCUAAUCAAAAAAGCCUGUUUUUAUAAAGUUUAUCCCUGGAAAUUUUUCUAGCUUCUUUCUCAAGCCUUCUCGAAAAACUUUAAAUAUUUAGGAACAUGAAGGAGAAUCGUCAAUGAGGCCGAUGAUCAUCGAGCCGCCCUCCUCCUCGAGACUUCGGAAGAAAAGUGAAACGGCCAAAAAAGGCCCGAAACCCGGGAAAAGGUGGUUCCUACAGUUGUUUCUACAAAACUUGAUCUUUGAAUUAGAAUUUUCACGCAACAGAAUAAUCCUAGAUCAAGUCAAAUUCUAUUAAUUAUUUCAAAAAUUCGUCGAUUUCUGUCUUCUUUCUGAAUUAUCAUUAGGAAAAAAAAGAAAAAAGGCGUUUUUUUGGCUCUAACUGUUUCAGGACGAAAAUUUUUUGAAAGACAAGAAAAACAAAAUUUCCUAGUAGUAUUCUGUAUUUAUUUCACGACAGAAAUAUGGCAGAUCCAAAAAAAUUCGUAAAAAAAAAUUUUUCGCAAAAAAAUUUACUCAGAAAUAGCUGACUCCCUGGCUUGAGUUAUGGAAAAAAUGGUCCUGACACGAAAAAACAAGAUACAGUACCUGGCUAAUAGAGAGCGCAGGCAAGCCACGCCCCUUUGAGUCCCAAGCGAGCCUAUAAAUCUCCAAAUUCAGUGUGGACCUACGGUGUGGACACUGUAACGAAGCGCUGGAAAUGUUCGACGAGGAGAGCAUCUCCCUGUGUCUGAUCGCCCUGGAGACGUUCCUCCAUCGGUUUUUCAUUGAAGAUUCCCAGAAAAUCAUGCUUUUUGUGUAGAGAGCCUUCCAUGGCGGCGCCGAUCCUAUUCAAAGUCCUGAACACGGUGACGAGGCUGAUCGACGAGCCCAUGUAUCCCUGGCACGACACGGAGAUGUUCGUUCCCGGAAACUCGAGGAGUGUCGCCAAACAGAUGCUCAGAGUCACCUUGCAUCAGGUAACGCUGUGGCUACUGUCUUAGGAAGGUCUACAAGAGCCCUAGGAACCCCUAUAGCUAGAGUUGAAGUGGUCACUGAAGGGCAACCCUAAUGGCUCUUGUAGGGCCACUCAAGGGACCACCUCAUCUCCUUUUGUAGAGGCACUGAAGCUUCCAAAAGUGAACACUUUAGGGGAUUUGUUAAGGACGUCUACAAGACCCAUGGGAAGCGUGACCGAUUUCAAAAGCUUUAGUGGCCCCUAUAGGGAGAGUUGAAGUGUUCACUAGAGGGCAACCUAAUGACUCUUAUAGGGACCCCUUAAGUGACCACCUCACCUCCUUCUGUAGGGGCACUGAAGCUUCCAAAAAUGAUCACUUUAGGGGAGCAUGCUAGGGGUCACUGUACGUCAACUUUCCAAGACCACUGUAGGGACCACUCAAGGGAUUAGAGAUCUUUUUUUUUGACUUCAAGCUUUUUUUUCAGCUCUCCUCAUCUGGGAUCUUAGGGACUUCUGCAAGACCCAUAGGAGCCCUUAGCGUGACCGAUUUCGAAAGCUUUAGUGGUCCCUAUAGGGAGAGUUGAAGUGGUCACUAGAGGGCAACUUUUAUGACUCUUAUAAGGACCAAUCAAGGGACCAUCUUAACUCCCCCUCUAGGGCAGUAUUGAUUGAAAAGUGAGCACUUAAGGGGAGCAUUCCAGUGGUCCCCUAAAGUGGUCACUUUUGAGUCAUACGUUUGUCCCCUAAAGUGGUUACAGCAGUCCCGUCAACUUUCAAGUCAGAAAAAAGUUGAAAGACCACUGUAGGGACCACUUAAGAGCUCAGAGGCCUUUUUUCGGACUUCAAGCUCUUUUUUUUCAGCUCUCCUCGUCUGGAAUCUGCAUCCAGCUCUUCGACACGAGAAUCCCUCGAAGAGAGUCAUUUUGGAGCGUCGUCGCCCUUUCUUUGGCCGAUUUCGUCGAACUUUCGCCUGUUCAUUUCGUCCAGCUACUGAUUGAGGUUCUGCAUGAGCGAAUAAAGAGAGCUCUCUGAAAGAAUCGCGAAACUCCCAAAAAUGGAUUAUAUUCAGACGACUGGAAUCCAAGGUUGAGACAAAAUUGUGAAAAGGACCAAAAAAACAAAUUUAAGGUACUGUUAAAAGUUUUUUGUAGCCAUUUGAUCUAUGGUUGAUAUAAAAAAAGAUCGGGGGGUCUUAAAAUUGAGAAAGGAGCAAAAAAGCUGCUCUUCGGACACCUUUUAGGAACAUUUUUAAGACCAUUUUUCUAUGGUAGAUCUGAAAAGGCUUUCCCUCAUUUUUUUUCCGAUCGUAAUGAUCAGGAGACUUUUUUGAAGGACAUCGAAGAGAGUUGGCCGAGCCGAUUGACGACAAUCAUGCGGAAUCUGGCCUCCUACAUCGUGGAAGUCCCUCUAGAUACCUAUAUCAACCAUUGGAGCAACGUCAUCACUCAUUUCGAAGGCUUCUUCAGGAGAUAUCAUACUAUUGUUAGUGAAGGGAACUGGAAAAUCGGAUUUCGAAGUUAUAAAUUGGAAGUUUUGCUCCUAAAGGAGGAGUUCGAAACGGUCUUUAGUUCUCAAAAAAGAGUUCAAAAAGGUGUUUCAUCCCGGAAAAUGACUGAGAUUUAAGAAAAGCUCGCUGUUAUUUGGUUUUCUGAGGUUUAGAUGUGCAGGUUAGAGCCGAAACUUGGAAUGACCGGAAAAACAUAACUGAUAGGCAUUGAUAGCUUUAUCGAUAAUUUGAAGAAUAAAUAAAAAUUUGGUUGAGCUUGAAUGAGAAAAUCAGCAAAUCGAUGCAAAAGCUGGAAAAUAAUCGAAAAACUAAAUUAACUAGUGAAAAUACGCUCUAAAAAAAUGAUUUGAAAUUCAGUUUUUUUUAGCUGUUCGGAUUUUCUGAUUUUUUUAAAAUGUUAGCCUCCAGAAUUUCCUGCAUACAGAAUCUUUUAUUUCCUUUUUAUUGAUUUAUUGAAUUUCUUUAUUUCAUGAGCUCGUAUAUUUCAACCUGAUGCGACUAUUUUUCUAAAGGUCUCAUCACUGAUAACGGAUUUUUUCUAGAUCUCUGCUGAAAGUUCUUCGAAACCGAGCCAAAUCGAGCUGGAAAGCACGGUGACGGUGAUGAGCCACGUCCUGAAAGUCCAGAAUUUCAGCUCUUUCAAGGUAAAAUUUUAGAAGAAGUCAAAAAGUUUUGAUUUUUUGUAGGUUUGAUAAAACGUUCCUUGGUAAGUUUAUACCAAAAAGGAAUAGAACCCUAUCACAAAAUAUCAUAAAAUCAGAGAAACUUUGAGUUUCAAGAAAAAAUUUUUCCUGGAUUUGAUUCCAAAAAAUUUCAGAGCGCGGUUCCUCUGGUCGAAUCGUUCGCCAAAUGGGUCUCCGAGGCCCUUCAUUCCUGCAAAAUUUCGCUCGAAGGGCUUCUCACCGUGUGUACGGCGUGUAAUCGGGCGCUUAUCCGGGUCCGUCUUUUCCCGAAUUGAAGGAUUUUCGGGCACAUUUCUGCCGAAAAUUAAUUUUCUCAUUUCUUAAUGGUUUUUGAAUUGCUGGAACUGAAAUUUUUAUUUUUUUGGCGGCGGGUUCCUCACUUUUGAACCUCCUGAUUCCGUAGAAAAAAUAAGAAAACCCCUUUCUUCAAUAUUUAGAAACGUCAGAGUGUUCCCUAUAGGGGUUAGGGCGCAAAAACAGCCCCUAGAGGCGAUAAAAAGGUCCCCUAUAGGGGUAAAGUUAAGGUGGUCCCUAAAGGGAUUUAGAACCUAAAGCUUAAGUGGUCCCUUUCGCAAAAAUUUAGUGACUCCUCUAGGGAACUGCAAGAUAGGAGGCCCCUCUAGGGACCACUUUUACGUUCCUAAGGAAAUUAGAAAAGGAUAUUGUAGGAAUAGUAUUCAAACAGCUUUUUGGAAAAUAAGAAACGCUGAGUGAAACAUUUAUGUGACUUAAUUUUUUUAACAAUAGGAAUAUUAUUUAUUAAAAAAAUUUCCUACAUUUCUCAUUCACCAAAAGAUAUCCUUUUUUUAUAAUUUUAUUAAAUGAGGAAAAAAAUGUUGUUUCAGGAACGCGACAAGCAAUGUGUGACGCGUGCCGUUGUCGCUGAACUGAUGCAGGCGAUCAAGUUCAAAACCCAGAUGUCUGAGGACAACUACAUCACGAUCGCUCAUAUGAUCUUGCAGGAUGCCGGGGAAGGUUUGGAAUUUGUGAAAAAGUCGAAAAAUUGGUUGAAAGAACGGAAAAAUUCAUAGGAAAGUCUUUGAAAGGUCCUUUUUUAUGAGUUAAAAACUUCUAUCAUCUUUUCAACUUUUUUGCAAAAUCUCUCCAAAAAUAACGGAAAAAGAAGCUUUAUAUUGAUUUUGAUAGAUACAAGAUGACACAGAACAAAACGAAGUUUUUGAUUUACUAGAAAAAAAAACUCUGGUGGCCACUCAAGAGGCCCCUUAAGGACUACUUGGAGAAGACACUAAAGUGGCCACUAAAGCAACUUCUAUUGAAGCCACUAUUUUGCGUCUUAGUGGCCACUAUAGUAGCUUUUAGCGGUCUUGUAUUACCACUCAGACUUCUAAAGAGGCCACUAUAUUUCAUUCACUUAAGUGGCCAAUCAAUCGGCUACUAUAGUGACCACUAAAAAGUCAAAAUCCUUAAGUGGUCACUACGAUUUUUUUCAGUUAACGAAGUAUAUCAAGGUUCAAAAGCCCAAACUUCAAUAAUUUGAGAAAGUUUUUGAUCACAACCUGGGGUUUUUUCCAUUUAGGAGCCACUAUAGUAGUCGAGUUAGUGGUCUCUUAAGUGGCUAGGAGCCCAAGCGGUACUAAUUGACCAUUAAAAACUACUAUAGUGGCCACUAAGAAGCAAAAUAGUGGCUUCUAUAGAGGUGGCUUUAGUGGCCACUUUAGUGUCCUCUCCAAGAAGUCCUUGAGGAAUCUCUUAAGUGGUCAGUAGAGUUUUUCAAGCUUCAGAAAACUAAUUUUUCAGACAUCGAAGUACCCCUCCUCGACGAUCAGUUCAAUACAGCCGCGUCUGAAGCCGUGCGACCUUUCCUUUUCGAAGUUUUGGACUUUAUUGCUGACCUGCAUGUUUUAGCCAAACUCAAGGUUUUUUUUGAAUCGAAAUCAGAAGAUGAAUCUGGAAAAAUGACUCAGAAAGAGACGAAUUCGGACGCCCUGGGAGGUGACCUCAAGGUGAAGCUCGCCGAGGCGAUCGGUAAGGAAUUUUUGGAAAAUUUGAAUGGAAAAGGAUAUUUUUCAGCCGUGGAAAUGUCGAGAUCCAAUGCGAGGGACUGUAGGACGGUUAUCAGAUUCAUUCCGUGGCUUAUGAGUCCCCCGUCGGUGACCCAGGUAACACUUAGAAAGAAAAAAAAUCCUUGAAAUUCGGCAGUUUUUGCUCUUUUCUAAACGUUCUUAUCAAUAAGUGGGGUCAAAGCGGUGUUUUUUGAAACGCGCCCGACCAAAAACGGUUUGCGCGUGGAGGCAGCGAAAAGCAUCAGAGCGAUCCUUCAAAGCCUUAUGAAAAACAUGGAAAAUGUGAAAAUGAGAAAAAGAACCUUAAAAGUCAUUCAUCCAUUUUUGAAAACGUCUGACCUGUCUGCGCUCUCUUUUCUCUCAUCGAGUGAGUCCUAGAAACAAGAAAAUAGAAGCUGGAGGGUGCAGAAAAACAGGCUUUUUUCCAAAAUUUAGCGAGUGACUUAUAAAAUGAAGUUUUUUUUCGAGACUAUGAGGCAAAAGUGCUGAAAAUUCUACCGCAACCUCACUUGGAAGGGGCUUUUUUUAACGCGUCUGACCUGAAACGGUUUGCGCACGCGGAAAGUAUAAAAGCGUGAACAUCGCUACGAGACAACAAAUAAACGCGACCGCGACGUUCUGAUCCAUUCCACGUGCGGUCAAGAUUUUUUUAAUUCGAUAGUCUGUUUGCUGGGACUUGAGAGUUUUUGAGUGUCUGCGUCUCUUUGUUCCAUCAAAGGCGAGGUCAGAGAAAAAUGGCAAAAGUACUUAAGAAUGAGAGGGUGGCCGAGAGAUAGGAGGGAGCAGAAAACAGCAGUUUCAAUUUUUUUUUUUCUCGGCACUCUCUCUUGUUGACGUGCUGUUUCCAUGUUUCUCUGACCUCCUCGGUGAGGGAACAGAGAGACGCAGACACUCGAAAAUUUUCAAUUCACGGCGAACGAACCAUACUGGGAAAAUUUUUAGUGGCCACUAUAGAGGCUCGCCAAGGACUACUUGGAGAGGACACUGAAGUGGUCACUAAACCCACUUCUAUAGUGGCCACUAUUUUUCGUUUUAGUGGCCACUACAGAGGUUCUCUAUUUAGUUAAAUUGAAUUGAAAUUGAAUCAGUAGUUUUUCAUCCAGUAACUAUGAUAUUUUUUAAACAAACAGAUUGGACCAGUUAUGUUGAUCCAUUGACAGCUAGAAAGAAAAAAAAAAUCCUUGAAAUUGCUUCUUUUUCUAAAUUUUCUAGGAAAAUAUCAAAAAGUGGGGUCGAAGCGGUUUUUUUGGAACGCGCCCGACCAAAAACGGUUUGCGCGACAGAGAGGACAUUAAAGUGGACACUUAACCCACCUUUAUAGUGGCCACUAUUUUCCGUUUUAGUGCCCACUUCAGUAGUUUUUCAUCCAGUAUUCCUUCCAGUAACUCUGAUAUUUUUUAAACAAACAAAUGGGCCAGUUAUGUUGAUCCAUUGACCCCUGAAGUGGCCGCUCAAAUUUUUAGUGGUCUAGUAGUAGCACUUCGACCUCUAUAGUGGCCACUAAUUUUUAACCCCUUAAGUGGCCACUACUUUGACUACUAUAAUGGCCACUAAAACGUCAAAACCCUAUAAUGACCACUAAAAGUUUUCGCAGUAGUGUCGAGAACAGUGAAUAAAAUAUGUUUUAAGGCGGCCCCGGGAGCGUUCGCCGAUUCGGUGACCAAUGUUCGAGUCCUGUCCUGGCUUUUGCUGGGAGCUCUCCACGCGAAUCAUUCCUGUCUUCCGGUACCCAUCGAAUGUUCUCAGCACAUGGCUGACUAUAUUCAUUUCGUCUUGGCUGGCUUUGCCGAUCAGUCUAAGGUUGUUUUUUGAAAAAGCUUCUCUCAAAUUUGGAUUGAAGUGCUGAAAAGCUAUGCAAAAAAGUAGUUACCUAGCUAUGCAAAAAAGUAGUUAUCAGCAUAAUUUGAACGAUAACUUAUCACUAAUUUCAGUUAAUUUGUUGAUUGUGCGAUUUUUGAAGAGAAGAUUUGAAAAAAAUUCAGAAAAAUGUCGAAAAAAAGCGUAUUUAUGUAUUUUUGUAGAAAUAAGAAAAAAAGGAUUUUUUUCAGGAAUUAUUGAAAUUUUUUUAAUCAAGAGUUACGGAAAAAAAUUCUAUAUAUUUUGAUUGAUCCUACAAGUCCUGAUGUAGAAAUGAUUAAAGAGAGUAAUUUUUUUCAAAAGGGAUGCGUUGCGUAUGCGACGCGGUUUUUUUGGCGCGAAAUUCGAAUUCAAAUCUUGGAAAAAAAUUUUUUUAUCGAUUUUAUGCAUUAAUCCGUUUCAACUGAGUUUUUUUCAAAGCUAUAAAAAAAUUUAAAAAUCAUUGAAAAAAACUGUCAAAAAAGGAGAAUAACAUGAGAAAUGAUGGAUCACGUUUGAAAUGGAAAUUCCCGCCAAAAGCCGCGUCGCGUACGCAACGCGUCACCCUUGCCAAUUUGACCAUAUCGCCUUUCAAUUUGGGAAAGAUCGACUAUAGAGAAAACAAGGGUUUUUUCCGUAAUGGAAUAACAUUGAGGAAUUCUGUUUUAGCUAUUUUCGGUAAUCUGUUGAAAAUUCAGAUUUAUUCAAAACGCGAAAUUAUUUCUGACUCUCCUGAGGUUUUUUGAUUUUUGUAGGAAUCUUUAAACAUGGCAUGAAUAUUUAGAAUCGUUUCGGGGGGUCAUUUCUAUCAUUUUUCUCGAUUCAGCAAUCGGUCGUCCACAUGUCGGCCCUGUUCCACGCCUUCCAUUUAUGUCAACUUUGGACCGUCUACUGCGAAAGAGCCGCCAUGUUCAGCUCGACGACAGCUUUUCCGCAUCUCAUCGAUUUCUGGGCCCGCGUCACCCCGGCCAUCCUCCAGUUGCUCAGCCAUUCCAAAGUGGUCCGUUGAAACUUUUACAUAGGCAAAGUUGGAAAGGAUGGAAUGUCUCCAUAAAAAUGUUCCUUUUUUGCUGCCUUUUUGCGCCAUUUCAUCGGCUAUUAUGCACCAUUUUUGCUGCCUCUUCAUUUUCCCACCAUUUGUUGACCCUUUUUGCCGCUUUUUUGCUGCCUUUUUGAUGCCUUUCUCCGGCCUUUUUGCAAGCUUAUUGCAGCCUUUUCGCAGCCUUUUUACCGCCUUUUUGCAGCCUUUUUGCUGCCUUUCUGAGACCUUUUCGCAGCCUUUCUGCGACCUUUUCGCAGCCUUUUUUGAGCCUCUCCUUUUUAGCGGCCAUUUUCUACCAUUCCCUUUUUGCCCGAGAAAAAGAUUAAGAAAUAUGCGCUUCAAUAUUAGUAUUUUUUUAAUUAUUAUUAUAAUUGUGAAACGAACUCGAACAACUUUUCAUAUUUUUUUCAGCUCGCCGACAUGGUCAAUCUGCACUUUCUGAACACGAUUCAAGCCCUUCAACAGGUUGGUUUUCCUUUGAAAAAGUUUUUUCUUAAAUUAUUAUUAUUUUCCAGGUCAAUUCGGCACUCCUCUGUCAACUUUAUUCAAUGUGGGCGCCGAUCCUGACCGCCUACCAUAGCCAAAUUCCCAACCAACUUAGGUAUUUAACCAAUUUUUCAGUAGGAAAUGUGUUAACUUUAAAAAUUUAAUUUUCUGUGAAAUUUUUUAGUUUCAAAGGAAUCUUAGGUACGUCAUAGUGACCCCUAUAGGGGUUAGGGAAAAAACAGCCUUUACUGAGGAAAAAAAAUUGAGCCGCUUUUGCAAGCUUCAGUGGCCUCGGGGAGGUGAAGUGGUCCCUAGAGGAGAGUCUUUAAAGACCCCUAAAUUUGCCCCUAUAGGGAUUACUCCGGCGCUCCUAAGAAUAUUUCAAACUGUUACUUUUUAUUUCAUAACUUAUUUUGGAAAACUAGACACGAUUUGAGCUGAUGCGCAGUGAAAUCUAUCAUUAUCGAUUUUUUGAAAGGUUCUCUCGAAGAAUGGUUUUUGGAAAAUAUAGUCCCCACUGCGAUCUCUUUUUGUACGAAAUGGCCUAAAAUGAAAAUAAAUUUUCGCUUCGAGACCUUUUUGAACUUUGACUAUGCUCCUUUAAAUUUCAGCUAGCUUUCUCGGGGAACAUUCCAUUGUCCUAUAAGUUAUUAUUCAAACUUUUUGACUUAAUUUAGUUUUUUUUUUUUCGAUUCACACUAAAUAAUGUAUAUGAGCACAGAAUGUACUAUAACAACAACCGAGGUUUUUCGCUCCGAGACCUUUUUGAACUUUGGCUAUGCUCCUUUAAAUUCCAGCUAGUCUUUUCCGGGAAAGAUUCGUUUUUCCUAUAAAUUAUCCUCCAAACUUUUGACUAAUUUUCGAUUCACACUUAAUUAUGACAAUAGCAAACGAGGUUUUUCGCUCCGAGACCUAUAUAAAAUUGGACUAUGCUCCUUUAAUUUUCAGCUUUCCGAAAAAGAUUCCAUUGCCUGUUGAACUAUCCUCAAACCUUUUUGUAUGAUUUUUUUAAAAAAAUACUGUCCUCCUAAAUAAAGAUAAAGUUUUUGUUCAGAAUGAAGCUGGAUUCGUGCCAAAAUCAGCCAUCACUUGACCCGCCCCUCGUCACGGAAUGGCUGAAGAAAGUCCGGUACAAGAUUUCCCAAGUGGAGCUCCAGACGUCGGCCGCGUCACCCUACUACAAUGUCUAAAAACUGAGAAACAAAAUGCAACUUUUGGAAAAAAAAAAGAAGAAAGAAUGAAGCAAAUGUCAUAUUCGUACAGCGGGGAACCAGAUUUUCAAUAAAUUUAUUGGAUAAUUAUGAGAAAAGACGCGAAAGUUCAUUUAUUAAAGCUUCCUGUGGUUUUUAAAGGAGCAUGGGUAAAUUUGGUAUUAAGGUCUCGGAGCGAAGAGCCUUUUUUUGUUAUAUUAGGACGCCUGCGCCUUUAAAUAACUCAGAAAGCUGCUAUUGAAAAGUUUUGAAAGGAAGAAACUCAAUUUGAGCCCAUAGCAAUAAAUGAUCAUGGCCAGGAAGAAUUAUAGACUUUUUAACUGUUUUUAGAGGAUUUGGGUCCAGAAAUCUUCGAACAUUUCUUCCGAUUCAAAAUUUUCUGUUGGUAUCAUAAAGUUGACGCUUACAAAAAAAUUAGUUUUAAUUUCUUCGAGAAUUGGUCACGAAAAGUCGCCCUCGUGAUAAUUGAUGAGUUUUUUCAAAAUUAACCUCGAACAAAAAAUAUUUCUUGCUGUUUUGUCAGCAUCGGUUUGCGUGUUUAUUGAACUGGAGUUGUUUUAAAAGUGGAAACUAUGGGUUUUUUUUAUUCAAUCAGCGUGAAAAACUAAAGUACUGGCCAUAAAGUUAUUUCAAAGUGGUUAUUCGAGCAUAGCUUCUCUCAAAUUGGCUCAAAUGACUUGAAACUUUGCACAGAUUUCAAAUAACUAUGCAGUAACUCAUUUGCUUGAGUCAGACCGGAUUUCAGAGCAAAAAAUCGAAAAUCGUGAAUAUGGAAAUUUUUCUGAGUUCUGCUCCCGGGAAUGAGUUACUGCAUAGCUAUUUGAAAUCUGUGCGAAGUUUCAAGUCAUUUGAGCCAUUUUCAGAGAGUUUAUGCUCGGAUAACCAUUUUGAAAUACCUUUAUGGCCAGUACUGUAUAUCUAGUAAACCUAGGUCCCAUUUAGAAGUCCCACAGUAAGCUCAGACCAUUACCCCGUCAAAAAAACCUACUAUUUCUUGGAACGAUUCCGAGAAAUUUCCAGCACACAGUCACCGUCGGAGGAACAUAUGUUUAAUAAAUAUAUUGAAUCGGAGAGGCAAAGAUGGACCGACGAACAGGUGCGAGAAGAAGGGACUCCCCUCCUCGCAUCGCCUUUUUGUUUGCACUACGGACGCGAAUCACAAACUGAAGAAACGAAAAAUGAUGAAGGCCCCCCUCUUCCAACUGAAACGAACCUCCACACCAACUAUCACUCCCUAUCAACACUUGCGCGCACGUCUCUCCUCUUAUCGGCUACUUUUUUCUUAUUUUUUGCUUACUAUUCGAUUCGAUUCAUGUUUUCAAUGUCUUCUGUUCAGAUUUCACUACGCUCCGAAAGAUUUUCACGUCGAAAAGCUGCCCCUGCGCCUUUAAAAACCAAAAUACCGUCAAAAAAGGAAAAAGAUAACCAAGUUUUGGAGUCACAGAUAAUUUGGAGUUUCGCCGGAAUUAUUUUGAACAUAUGGCGUUUUUAAGGUACCCCUGCGCCUUUAAAAUGCAUUUUUGUUAUAGCAGUAUAUUUUCUUUAAAGUAGGAAUUUUUUGCUUACUAUUUGAUUUGAUAGUUUUAAUAAUCUGUUUACUACGCUUCGAAACAUUUUGGCGUAAAAUAGCCAUGCGCCUUUAAAUCCUAAAGGCAUUUUUUUUUUUUGUUAUAACAGUAUCUUUUUCUUCAAAGUAGGGUUUUUUUGAAGUUAAGUAGAAGUUUUUUGCUAUCCUUUUGAUUUUUUUGAAUUAGUUUUGUUUUUCAAAUCCCAAUACGCCCCUGAAAGCUACCCCUGCGCCUUUAAAGGGCAUUUUUUUUUGUUAUAGCCCGUUAAACGCCAGUUUGUCACGUUUUUCUCUUGCCAAGAAGGUAGUAUACCAAAUUUGACCCCACUUCGCUUCAAGACCUGUUUUUGCAGUUUUGUAGAGCAAAAAUGCAAAAAAGGCUGUUUUGAAGGUAGAUUUUUUCUGUUGUUAAUUCAAAACGUGACCGCGAAAUGUACUCUAACAGUAAAUUUCCUUCAAACUUGAGUAUUUUCAAGCUUUGCAGGGCUUUAAAUAAAAAACGGCUCUUCGCCUCGAGACCUUCAUCUUAUUUUUCCAUUCUGCGAUCAAAAAAAAACAAGAAUUUUUUAAAUAAGAAUUUUUUAUUUUAGUUUUAUUCACUCUUAUUUUUGAACAAUGAUGAGCGUUUUGCAGACUUGAAAGUCUUUUUUUUAUUUUAUAAAAAGUUGCUUCUCUAAAAAGUUAAUAAACUUUUUUUCGACGCUAGAAAAAAAUUCUAUUUUUUUAGUCUUAAACAUUGAUAAUUUGUAGAAUUAUGACUCAUAAAUAAAGGCGCAACUUUUUUUUGACCAUUUUUUUCCCUUUGCAAACGAUGAAAGAUCAAAAAAAGCUUUUUUCUCGGAAACAAACAAGGCAGCUAUCAAAGUUUUUUUAAGAUUUUUUUCUAUGUUGUUGCAACUUUUUGACGUUAUAAUCAUAUUGUUUAUUACUUUUGACGUUAUAAUCAUAUUGUUUAUGGGAUAUUCCAUUAUAUUUUUGAACACGUUGAAUGUUUGCUUUCCAAACUUCCAAUGCGACACGUUACGUUACACUAUUUCAAAAGAAAUUUCUCGUUUCGCAUCGACAUCGUUUUUUUUUUCGUUCCUUUCUUUUUUGUCGUGUUUCAUCUUCUCGCAAUCGAUGGGCAAACGUUCUUUUCCUUUUUCGAAUCGUGUUGUUUUUCAGUGAAGAAGGGCGAUUUCUUGAUAAACAGCACUUUUUCGGGACUUCCUUAAGCGUACUUAAAUCGAGAAUUUUCUGGAAUCGAAUGCGUUGAAAAAAACAAAAAUUUAGAAAGAAAAAAAUUUUUUUAUUUUGUUAUCUUCAAGAGGCGUUGAAAAAGAAUUGUUUCAAUUUUUAAUUAAAUUCUCAACGUUUUUUUCAAUGCCACAAUGAAUUCAAUACGGUUUUUUUACCUAAUUUUACAUCGUCUGGAACAAAAUAUCAAAUUGUCAGUAAAAGAUCAUUCGCAGGCGGUUUGCUCUUUUCCUAUUUUUUUUUAGAAAAUGUAAAAUAAACGACUUUUGAUCGUGUAUCAACAAUGAACACCCGAUUUUUAGUUUCAAAUCCAGGUCGUUUAGAUUACAGGAAGCCGAUCAAGUGCAGUUAUACGAAAUAAUUAGUUAAUUUUCCAAAAAAAAAAAAUGAUUUCGUUUGAAAACCGAUUUCACGGGAGUUAAAGUAAUUACCGCACAGCACUUGUGACUUUUAAACACGUGGAUCAAUCCGGUUUAUCACCGCGAUCGACAAGAACUAAUUUGAACCACGGAGCGAGGCGAAAAAGGUGAUAAAAAACAAGAAAAAGAGACAUUUUCGAAAAGAGACGAGGGGGCGAGGCGAUUUUUGAAUUUGGCGGCAGCCGCGGCGCGCGGGAAAGCGACGCGGCCGGCCUUUUGCAUGCGUGACUGAUGAAACCAGCGAAUCGCUUUCGUUAUUUUCUCUCGUAUUCUGCUAUUAUUAUCGAUUUCGGCACGUUUUCGUUAUCAAAUAUGGAAAAGCGACCUCCGGAAUACGAAAUAAGCUCAGAAAAUCGCCCAAAUCAAUCUUUCAACAAGCCAAAACCAUGCUCAAAAAUUUCGCAAAUCUCUAUUGAUUCCGCUUUUUCUCAUUUCUAAUCACCGUCAUCUCUGUUUCAAAAAGAAUAAUGUCAUUUUUUGGAACUUCUUGUCAUAAUAGUACACGUGGUCGUGAUUGAAACGUGGUUUCAUCUCUAAUUUUGUAAUCCGAUCGAUCUGUUUACGCCCGUUUGUAUCGUCCUUUUUCUCCGUUAUUUCCGAUUUUCGUCGUGUUCGUUGUGCGUUCUCGCUUCUGUUCUUGAAGCCCGUUAUUUUCAUCUUGUUCAUUUCGUCUUUUUACAUGAUCAUUUUGUUUUAGGAGAGCCUCGACUUGACUCCAUCUGGUGCCCGAGCGCACUAGCAUUGGUGAACUUUUAAUAGAGAAGGUACGCGUUUACUUUCAACUUCUUCUAUUUUUCUCCUAUCGAAGGAUGUUGAUCUUUGUUGUAGUAGAGAAUUUUCCAGGAAAGAUCCAAGAAUGGCAAACGUUGCAUCGGGAAAAGAUUUCAUCGUUGCGACCAAGUAUAAAUUGAUCAGGAAGAUCGGCUCAGGAUCUUUCGGUGACAUUUAUGUUUCCAUCAACGUCACAAACGGCGAGGAGGUCGCGAUAAAAUUGGAAAGCAAUCGGGUACGUGAUUUUUAACGAUUUUAUGGAAGGAUUUAUGUUGAACAUUUUUCUGAAAAUAAUUUUCUUCCAGGCGCGUCAUCCGCAAUUAUUAUACGAGUCAAAAGUCUACAGAAUUCUUCAAGGCGGCGUGGGUAUCCCGCAUAUUCGUUGGUCAGUGAAUUUCUCAACUUUUAUAAUAGUUUUUAUUCAGAAAUUGUUUUCAAUAACAUAUUUUCAGGUACGGAACUGAGCGCGAGUACAAUGUGUUGGUUAUGGACCUUCUCGGCCCUUCUUUGGAAGAUUUGUUCAACUUUUGCUCCAGGAGAUUCACAAUGAAGGUUUUCCCGUAUUUUCAAUCAUCAUUUCAUCCGCAAUCUUCCAGACGGUUCUUAUGUUGGCCGACCAGAUGAUCGGCCGUAUCGAGUACGUUCACGUGAAGAAUUUCAUCCACAGAGACAUCAAGCCCGACAAUUUCUUGAUGGGCAUCGGCCGCCACUGCAACAAGCUCUUCCUCAUCGAUUUCGGAUUGGCGAAAAAGUGAGGGUUUCAGAGAAUCGAGCUGUUUCAGACUGUUGAUGCGCUUGUAAAUCUUGAGUUUAAGUGAGAAAUCGCGCAAAAGCCAGGCCGUUUUUGGCCAAGGGUUCCUUUAGACACAGGUAGAGUUAACGAGACGUGUCGCGCAGCCAUUUAGGGAUCCCUUAAGAGUAUUGAACAAUAAAUAAAUGGCUGAGAAACGCCUACGCAUUUAAUUGAUCACUGAAUGACUGAGAAAUGCCCGAUUUGCGUACACGCCUACGCAUUUACGUGAUAACUUAAUAAUGACUGAAAAAUGUCUCUUUCUCGUUCGCGCCUACACACUCAAGUGAUCACUAAAGGAUUGAGAAACGCCUACGAGUUCAAGUGAUCACUUAAUGGCUCAGAAAAGACUGAUUUUCAUACACGUAUACGCUUUCAAGUGAUUACUAAAUAACUUAGAAAAAUUGCGUAUGGUUGGCGAAGAAGUGUUUUAGUGACUACUGCGCAUUUGAACGAUUACUAUAUGGCUAAAAAUCGCCCGGUUCACGUAAAAAUGUGUAUUGAUUAAUUGAGCGGCGUCGACGCUUUUGAUUAAUCCCUGAAUGAAUCAGAAAAGCUCGGUUUGCGUUCACUUCAAAAUUUAGUGUUUACUUUAGAGUCAUUAAAGCGCUUAAGUGAUCCCUUGGCUCAAAAACGCCGCGUUCGCAUUCACGUUAGUGAUUACUUCAGCUUCGACUCACUUCAGGGAUCACUGAAGGGCUCAGAAACACCCGUAUUGCGUGCCAGUUUAGUGAUUACUUCAGAAUCGUCGACGCAUUUAAGUGAUCUUUGAAAGCCUCAGAAACUCACGUUUCGCGAAUGAUUUUUAAUCUAGUGAUUACUUUGGAAGCGACUGCGCACUCUAGGGAUCACUCAAAACGUCCCGUUUCCGAUAACAGUUUCUGAGCAUGGUCAGCCUAUGAAAGAUGUCCCGACGCGUUAAUUAGCGCGUGCUUUUUUUUUACUUCCAUAGCUCCAAAACACGUAAAAUAGGACAGUCGAGUCUUUUCUAAACCGAAUAUUUGUAUCGUCUCGUUUCGAAUUUCUAGAAGUUUUAAAAUAUAUUCUUGAAUUCAACGAAACUUUCCAGUUUCUCUAUGUUUGAGAGACUUGUAAAAACUCUAAUAACAAGGAAGUUCCCAUGGCUUGUUUCAAGAAACUAUCUUGCUCCAUUUUUCAACUUUUUUUUGAUAAAUUCCAUUCCGGCUACACUAAUCAUAUAGUGCUGAUGCGGAGAAUAACAAAGGAAAAAAAAUUUCAAAGGGAAAAAGGAUAUUUUCCCAUAAAGUGCAGUAUUUAAUGACCACCCUGCCGUAGUUGCGCAUUAAGAAAAUUCAUGAAAAUAUUCGAUUCGAAAUUUUCCCAAUGUAAAGAUUUACAUUUUUAGGAUAUAUCUCACUUUCAAAGCAAAGCAAUCGAUUUCUCGUGUGCCUUCAUCGAAUUCAACUUUCCAAAAUUUGUUUUUGGCUUUUUUUUUCUAGGAUCAGAUGCUACGAGAGUACAAAGAUCACUAAAAUAAACAAAUUUCGGUCGUUUGUCGAAAAAAAAGGCACUUCUCACAAAUUGUACGGGAAAGCGCCGCGCGUUCUAUUUUUUUAUAAGGGUUAUCAGAAAUUGGAACUGAAGAAGCCUAGUGAAGUUUUUAUUCUGUCACAUUUCCAAAAAUUUUGAACGAAAAAAAAAAAGAAUAGCAUUGUUGAACUUUUUUCUAACUUCUGUGAAAAGUUUUCUUGAUUGUGUUUAUUUUUCGGCAGAUUGGUUUUUCAUUGAAUAGAUCGAUUUAACUUUAAUCAACUGAAAAGAAAAUCCAUAGUUUUCACGACGAGGAGAGAAAAUCAUAUGGUGUUUUCCUCUCGGAAACGUGUUUUUUUGUCUUUUGAUGAAAAAUGUCGGCAUCGAAAAUCGCGACGACCUGUGUACUUUGUUGUUUUGUUCAUUGAAGUCUUUUCACCUAUUUUCGAGACGUAUUAAUUAAUUAAUGGUGAAUAAUUAGUUGAAGCUGUCGCGACGAUGACUCUUGUGAUAUCCCUUGAGAGUUUUUGAAAAAAAUGAAGCGUCAUUAAAGUUUUUACCUGAAAGUCAGGAGAUUGAUAAAUUUAGUUUUAUUAGUGAAGUGCUGGAAAACUUUUCUCGGAGUUCAAUGAAGGUUGUGCAAUUGAAACGAAAGUGCAUAAUUUUGUUUUUUUAUUCAUUUAAAAGGACAAUGUAUUGAAUGAUAAGGCUAUGAACAAAGAACAAAAAAAUAUUUAUAGCCUUUUGUGGAAAUUUUUCAACGUGAUACGUUCAAGCUUUGAGAAACGGAUGAAGAUGAUAUUUAUUUAUUUAUUUAUCUCACUCUUUAUCUCACAAAAAAAACGAAUGAAAAAAUCAUAAUUUUAAUCAAAUUCACGAGCUUCAAUCAACUUCGAUAACUUUUAAAGAAUCGAAAGAUUUCAAAGAGUUAUUUUCAAAGAAAAUCAUGCAUUUUUCACGAAUAUUUAAGUAUAAAAAGCUUUUGGAAACACUUUUCGAAUUUUAGAGGUUUUGCGAGAAUUUCUAGCAGCCACUUCAGGGUAUUGACGUUCAAGUGGCCACUACAGAACUCCAAUUACAGCCACUAAAAAGAGAACUACUAUAGUGGUUUCCAUAGAUGUGUUUUAAGGACAAUCUUAGUGUCCUCUUCAAGAACUCUUUGUGGAACCUCUUAAGUGGCCAAUAGAGUUUUUCCAAGUAGCGAAAAUUAGAAUUAGAAGUGUCAAACAUUAACAUAUACUAGUUUGAUAAGAAUUCAUGAAACGUGUUGUUUAAUAAUGUGAAAGCUCGUUUCAACUUGGUUCAUUACAAAACUGAGAAAUCGGGGCAAAUUUUCCAUGAGUAUAAUAAUCGUAGUAGCUCGUAUCUUAACGUUAAAAAUACAUCAAUUUUUCAUUAAUUUUUUUGUUAAAGGAAAAAAAUAGUAAAAUUAUUUUUUUGUUCAGGUUCCGCGACUCGCGCACUCGUACGCACAUUCCAUACCGAGAAGACAAAAAUCUGACUGGUACCGCCCGUUAUGCUUCAAUCAACGCUCAUCUCGGUAUUGAGCAGUCGCGAAGGUUUGUCUGAAAGGGAAAAAUGAUGAUAAUUGAUAAGAAUCGAUUUAUUUUAAAAAUAUGUUUUUAGGUUUUGUUUGUGAAAAUGACGCGUUCAAAAAGGAAAUAAUUAGUGAUAUUUUUUAUAAAUCUCCUUCAAAAUUUGAAUUUAUCUCUUCUAUGUUUCCGUCAGUAGAUACACCAAAUUUUUCUGACACAGCGCGAUCAAAUUUUGCAUGUUUUUGCGUUAAAAAAUUCAGAGAAUUUUUCGAAAUGACGCUUCGUAAAAAAAAAGUUUCUAUUAGUUGGAUACAUUUUUCUAGUGCCAACCGAACUGAUUUGAUUUUAGGAAGUUUUCCUGGUUACCCUUGUGAUUGAAAAGUUGAAUUUUUUUUUCAAGAAUGAAAAUUGCACCUGAAACAGUAUAGUACUAAAUUUUCAAGGAUAGGGGAUCGAUUUGAAAAAAUUAUUGAAAAAUGGCACUGAAAGGGGGUACUUGAAUGCUGAGGGGGUAACCCAGCCGUGCUAACACGGGGUCUCAGCAGGGUGCCCCCCGUAUUGAACCCGUGCUGGUAGAACUUUUGGCAAUUUUUAGCCCAGCUGGGUUAAAUAUUUUUCUUACACUCGUUGUUUCCCCGUUUUAGCCCAACUGGGACUGAAAUAACCUCAGAAAUACGGGUUCAAUACGGGUACACACGUUGAGAAACCUGACCACUAUGAGAGUAGUUUUUGACCUGAUUUCCUGAAUUUUGAAAUACUCAGAUGGAAAAAAAAAUGUGAAAAUGGUCUGUCCAGACAUGAUUAACAUGCUAUUUUCCAGAGAUGACAUGGAAUCGCUGGGCUACGUUCUGAUGUACUUCAACCGCGGAACCUUGCCGUGGCAAGGGCUGAAGGCGGCGACCAAGAAGCAGAAGUAUGAGAAGAUUUCGGAGAAGGUACAGAAGAAAAGUGGAUUUUUCGUCAUUCAAUCAAUGUUCCUUCAGAAAAUGACGACGUCUGUUGAGCACUUGUGCAAAGGAUUCCCGGCCGAGUUCCCCAUGUACCUGAGUUACACGCGCGGCCUGCGCUUCGACGAGGCGCCAGACUACAUGUACCUCCGGCAGCUCUUCAGAAUCCUCUUCCGCACGCUAAACCACCAGGUAUUACUUUUUUCGCAAAAAAACAGUUUUAUUGGGUUACGCUUUUAAUGGUUCUUGACUUUUGGAGCUCUCUUUGGUUUAUUAUAUACUGUAAGAAUGAUCUGGGUUUUAAUUAAAAUUGAGGAGUUUGGUGAGAAUUUUUGUCGUUGAACUGAAAAAGGACAUUUAUCAGAACUAUGCAGUUUGUUGAAAAUUUUCAGUUUUCGAAAGAUUUUUAUCGCUUCUCUGGAACUUUUAAGCUGAAAGGAUGUAUAAAAGUUUUUUCUGGAAAUUUAAAAAGUUUGCAUUUUUUUCAGCAUCUUUUAAUUGAGAUUUCUUGGAUUUUAGAAGGUUUUUGUUUUUUCCGAAUAAGUUUCCUUGACAGGAUAUUUCAUUAGUUUCAAAAAUGGCCAUUUCUCGGAAUUAAAUGAAAAUACGCUUCUCUGAGGGCUUUCAAUAGCAAAUAAGUGAAAAUUAAAAAGAAGAAAUUCUUUAAAAAGACUUUUUAGUUAUCUGAAGAUUUUUGUAAAGAGAUUACAUACUUUAAGGUAGGAAACGUCUCUAAAUUUUUUAUGAACUUUGAUUUCCUUUUAUAAUUGAUCUCUAGCACUGAAUAACUCGGAUUUGGCGAAAAAAAAGAGGGUAAAAAAUUCAAAGCUUCUGCUCGUGGGUAAAAUUUUUGUUUACAAGAAUUUGUUAUCUUGGAAGAAGGCCACAGAAAAUUUAAACCAAAAAAUGAACAGAUUCGAAAAAAUUCCGAGAUUCUAGGAGCUCGGAGUUCUCAGCACGGACCAGUUUUUUUGAAAAGCCUCGGUAUUUUAAAGGCUUAUCUCGAGUUUAAAAAAAAAGCCAUGAAAAACCUGUUCAAAACGUGUUUGUUGCUAUCAUAUUUGCUUUUCUACCCGGAGUCCAAACGGUUCAGUACGACUACACGUUCGACUGGACGAUGCUGAAGCAGAAGGCGUCGCAGGCGCAGUCGAAUGUGCUGACGGGCACCCCCGGGGCCUCUGGGGCCGCCGUGGCGGGAGGAUCGCAGGCGACGCCGGGCACUGGAGCUCCGCCGACCGUCAACCCACCGCAAUAA